UGCUGAAUGUAAUGCGCAGCGGUAAAAAAAAUGUACUCUUUGUACUUUAGAACAUCAAAGCUUCCAGCAAUGGAAAAUAAAACCUUGAGGUGCAUCUGUGCUCCAGAAUGAAUCUGCUUUAAUUGCCUUGGUUCAAUACCAUGGAGUCAUGGGAGCUGUAGUUUGACAAGGCCUUGAGCCUUCUCUGCCAAAGGAUUCUGAUGUCUCACCAAACUGCAAAUCCCAGGAUCGCAUAGCAUUGAACCAUGGCCAUUAAAUUGGAGAUGAUGCCCCUCAAAUAGGAGCCCCUGAAGCAGCUUCCCCUUUAAUGUCAUAUGAAUGAUUCUGACAGGGACGUUUGCCAGGUGGGGACUCUCACAGCCCUCUCUAUGGGCACACAAGCCAUCAGCCAAACACAGAGUUAAUCAUUAAAUCCUUGGACUGUUUUCUAACCUUCCUUUUCCCCAUGGGACUAGCGGGCCUUUCCCCACCAGAGAAUAGAAUAGAAUAACUUUACUGUUGUACAUUGUACAACGAAAUUAAAUGCCAUCCCCCAAUGCACACAAUAUAUGAUGUACAAAUUACAAAAACAAAGCACCCGUUCUUCGAUAGUCUAAUUGCUAUUGCAACACCUUGUAAGGCUAUGGGGAGGAUUCUAGGAAGUAUUGGGUGCCUUCCUGCUCCGCUUUGGCUCCACAUGAAGUGGGAGGGAUCAGGUUUCUCUCUGUCUGUCUGUCUGUCUCUUUCUCUCCCUCUGGGGAGCUCCAGCCUGAGAAGGGAAAGGCCCGGGUGGCAGCGACAUGGUGGGAAGGUUCCGCUGCUGCAGGUCUCAAAGGAUCUUUGUGAUUUGUCUCCUGGGCUUGGCUUUGGCGGUCCUCCUCCUGAGCCCCCACCAGAGCCGACCAAGCAAAUAUGCCCACUUCAACGAGUCUAAUUUCACCUUUCUCUAUGACCGGGGGAUCCACGAGGCCUUCUACCCGCACCUCCAGCACUACCAGUGCCGCGAAGUGGUCUCCCAGAAGGCCCUGUGCCAGUGGGACCUCUCCCCAAAGGGCCUCCCUCUGCUCCUCCUGGCCAUCACGUCCCACCCGGCCUCCCACAGUCGGAGGUCCAUCCUGCGCCGCACCUGGGCCCGGCCGAGGGAUGUGGGAGGCUUCCAGCUGAGGCACGUCUUCCUCUUGGCCAUGGACCCCCAACCCAACCUGGCGCUGCAUGAAAGCGACACCCUCGGAGACAUCCUGAUGUGGGAUUUUGAGGAGUCCCAUCACAACCUGUCCCUCAAAGAGCGGUGCUUCCUUCAGUGGAUGCACCGGCAUUGCCAGCAAGCCGCCUUCGUCUUCAAAGGGGAUGACGACCUCUUUGUCAACAUAGAGGCACUCACGGAAUACCUUCACCAGACACCCAAUGUUUCCAAAUUCAUCCACGGCAAUGUUCAUUACCGUUCGGCAGUACAAAGGUGGGGAAAGUAUGCGGUGUCCCGGGCUUUCUACCCAAUGUUGGUGUACCCCAACUUUGCCUCUGGCGGGGGGUUCAUCAUGCCCCAGCCCAUCAUCCCCAAACUCUACAACGCAUCGCUGUGGGUGCCGGUCUUCCCGAUGGAAGAUGUUUAUGUGGGCUUCUUGGCCUUGGCGGCAGGGCUCCGGUAUCGGCAUGACAAGCACUUCCGCGUAUGGGGGCCUCCAAGGGACGAACUUGAUGUGUACCAAGACUCGGUGGUUGUGCACGGGAUCUCGAUGGAGAGGAUCGAGGAAGUGUGGAAACAGAUCCAGAGGGUCCUUGUGCGGAAGAAGCUUUCCCUCGCCACCCAGACCACCAAAAAUAUUAGAACUGCUUAAAGCGAUCCCCUCACAACCUCUGAAGAUGCCUGCCAUAGAUGUGGGCGAAACGUCAUGAGAGAAUGCUUCUAGAACAUGGCCAUACAGCCCGGAAAACAUACAACCCUGUGAUCCCAGCCAUGAAAGCCUUCGACAACACAUUGAUCUGCACAGAUGACCCCAUGCCAGAAUUUUAACCUUUAUUCUGUCUUUCUCUGUGUUCUCUCAUUUUAAAGAAAGGAAUAUCACAUAGCGCAAUGGUUCCAAAGCAGGCAUGGGCAAACUUUGGUCCCCCAGGUGUUGUGGACCUCAACUUUCACGAUUCCCAGCACCCUACCAAAUUGUGGAAAUCCAAAACAUCUGGCGAGCCAAAGUUUGCCCAUGCCUGCUUUAGAAUCAUUGCUCUAUGUGAUAUUCCUUUCGUACAAAUCACACAACCCCUUGACUUCCUUCAGCCCUUCCUGGUUUCUGGGGAUGUUCUCAUCUGAUUCACGCUUCUCUGGAAAAACUCCACCUUGACUUCAUAGUCUUCUUAAUUUCUAAAGAAUUAGAAUGAUUCUCUGUGAGACAUUGGUGAUGGUGCUCUUUCCUCAUCCACACUCCAACGUUUUCCACUUAUAGAGCCAAGAAAAAAGAUAAUAUCUUGAAGAAGCUUUGCAUUGCUUGAAGGGAGAUGGAUCUCUUUGCAGUGACUGCUACCAAAGUAUGCAUUGAACAUGUGUGGGCAAGAUGGGAGGCGUAACUGCAUGCAUGAAGAUAGUUACAGGCACUACAACGACUGGGCAACCUGUAACCUUGCAGGUAUGUCUGAGCCUCCAACCUCUACUAGCCUAUGGCCAGCCCGUCCAGCUAGGCUCAAGGUUGUUCAUGUUCCGAAACACAGGACGGUACCAAAGACAGUGUAAAAAUUGGAGUGAUCAGUCAGAGAGAAAGGUAGAGCAUCAGAGGACCAAAAACCAAAGAGCCAUCUAACCUGUUUAAAAGCCUCCAAGGAAAAAUCCUCCACCAGACUCCGAGGCAGUUCCACUGUUGAACAGCCCUCCCUCACAAUCAGGAAGUUCUUCCUAAUAAAGUUCAUGUGUAUUUUCCUUUCCUGCAGUUUGAACACAGGAAAUCCCAUUGGUUUUUGUUUUGUUUUUGUUUUUUGCUGCUGCUGCAUCACACUGUUGGCUCAUGUUCAACUUGUUGUCCAGGAAGACUCCAAUAUCUCUACAACAUGAAACUCUGUUGUGGAGCCAGGCAUCACCCAUCCAAAAAAAAUUCCUUAAAGCCAACCUUAAAAACUGUGGCAUAGACACUGAGAACUGGGAAGCCCUGUCCCUUGAGCGCUCUCACUGGAGGUCAGCUGUGACCAGCAGUGCUGUGGAGUUCGAAUGGAGGGCUUAAAGGAGAAACGUGCCAAGAGGAAGGCGCGUCAAGCCAACCCUGACCGGGACCACCUUCCACCUGGAAACCCGAUGUCUUCACUGCGGGAGAACAUGCGGAUCAAGAAUAGGUCUCUUCAGCCACCUAUGGACCCACCCCCAAGACCCCACAAUUGGAGGACCAUCGUCUUCAAUCUACGAGGGAUCGCCUAACAGGAAAAGGAGCUCUGUGAGGAAUUUCAAACGGAUUGAUGAACACUUGAAUGAAAUGGCCACAAGCAGGCUUUUCUGAGCUCCAUCACAAGAGGCCGCACUACUUGAAAUAGGCUUCAUUACCCGAAGACAUCUUUUUACUCCUCAAUUCUUUAGACAAUACCCAAAUCACUGAUGGUCUAAAACUGCAUUCAGUAACAGCUGUGAGUGAAACUGAGAACAAGAAAAGGAACGACUUGGUGGUUGCUCUUAACUCAACAUCCCAAGAGUGGUAGGAAACAAUCUUGAUCUUCAGCCAAGCAGGCUAUGCGAUAACAUCACAGCACUGAGCCCACAAUAUGGGAGUUCACUUGAGGGGUUUAUUGAAAUUUAUACCGGAGAUAAAACGUAAGUAUACACACAAAGGACACGGGCCAAAAGUGUGCACUGAGUUGGGGAGACAAAUGCACAGAGUGAAGGGAGGGGAAAAAUGGGGCAAUGUUUUGUAAAAAAAGUGAUAUGGGAGAAGGAAAAUAAACUGAAACUCAACUGGGCAGGAGGGUUCUCACUCAAAAAAAGUCGACGUCUUCCGGGGCAUCCAGGUCUCUGUACUCGACAAUGGCUCGGGGGUCUCCUCGGACCAUCCUGCGGAGAAAGAGGGCCAGUGAAUGGAAGGAGAGGGGGGAGAGCCCUGGCAGAUGGGACAUAGAGUCCUUGUUAGAGUCAACAGCUGCCCAGAGGCACACAAAGAAAUACAUAUGUGUUUAGUAGGCCUUGCUGGCUGGUUUGUUUUAGCUUGGCAUUUUAAGAAGACUGAAAAAAUGGUUCAGGGUAGUAUGUUUACUUUUUAGUAGCUUGUUUGUACUGGUUCUUAGUUAUUGGGAUGCAAAAGGGAUCAUGCCUGGACUUCCCAAAGUGCUGUACAGCCCCUGGGAGCCCAUCUGCCCUGAAGACAGAAAGGAACCACAACAAAAGGUCUCCCCCCUUUAGCCAGCAAAAGGGUCCUGGAGCGUUGGCUUUGGAAAGGUUGUGAUAAUAUAGUUGUUGGAGGAUCCAGAUCUACCACCAAGUCUGAGGGUCCCUCAGCAAAAGGACCACAAAGCCCCCUCCGCUUUGGACCUCCAGCUGCCAACAAGGGCUGAGAAUGAAUUAAGCAAACCCAGAAACUGUACUAAUCUGAAGUGGCAUCUGGUUGUAGUUUCCUGCCGAAAACAGGAUGUGAGGUUGCGGUUGCUCCCCUUCUUCUCCUCCCUGUUCCACUGCCUCCCUACCAACGUACCUGUUUCGUGGUUUGUUCAGAUACCCGCCUUGCCCCCGGAAAGUGUCGUAGUUCCCUCUUCCGGCUGCAUAGGGGGUAGGAGGGUAGGGGGGUCCGCCUGUGGAGAGAGAGCAAUGGGGUGGACAUGAAAUGCCUGUGUUCCAGUACGGAAGCAGCCCCACCAUUUGGACUCCCUUCUUGCUGGUCCAUAAAAAAGGGACACGGCUUUGCAAAUCAUAUGUGCAACUAAACCAGGCAUGGGCCAACUUCAGCCCUCCUUCCAGGUGUUUUGGACUUCAACUCCCAACAGUCCAAAACACCUGGAAGGAGGGCCAAAGUUGGCCCAUGCCUGCAUUACAGGAAUCCACAGCAUCAAACUGAAUGUCCAGGUGCCAUGCCACACAAGGCGUCUCCAGGCACGACAAGAAUCGGAUUCAAGAGGACUUGACAUGCCACACAACGAACCAAUUGCUUUCCCGUCCCCUUGAUCUGGUCAUGUAAGUGUGAUUUAUUGUUAUAAUUGUAUUAUUUUACUUUGUUUAAUAAUGUAUAUUAUGUUGUUAUGUAAUGUUUGUGUUGCUUUUAUGACUGUAAACCUCCCUGAGUCCCAUCCGGGAGAUAGGGCGGUAUAUAAAUAAAGUUUUAUUUUAUUAUUUAUUAUUA